AUGAUAGAAGGUGGAAUUACAUCCAGGAUGUCAGGAAUAAUUGAGAAUGCUGGGCAUCAUCCGUCUCCACAGGACUACAGGCUUCUGACCACGGACCCCUCCCAGCUGAGGGAGGAGGACCUCCCUGGGGACCUACAGUCUCUGUCAUGGCUCACCUCUGUCGAUGUGCCCCGACUGCAGCAGAUGGCUGAUAGCCGGGGCCACAGUAACGGGCCCUCCCAGGGCAGCUUGUUGGAGCAACAGACAGCUCAGCUGAGCAACAUGACCGCGAUGACAGCAGGUCAAGGCUCCAUGCUCCACCUCCAGAGCAACAUGCAGCACAGCCCUCUGGGAAUCAGCAUCAUCAACACCCACAGCGGAAGUAUGUCUCCAUUCUCCAUGAAUGGGCUGCCCUCUCCAGGAUACCAGUGUCCUACCUCAGUCUACCAGCCAGCACCCCAGCAGGUCUACUCUCUUACCCAAACUGGACAACAGUGUUCAACUGGUGGGCUUUAUAGCAAUGUCUCUUUCAACAACCAAAGUCUUUUCACACAACCUCGCCUGGCUCCACAAGACCAGGAGCUGCAGCCCAAGUCUUUCCCCAAGCCAAUCUACUCCUACAGCUGUUUGAUUGCCAUGGCUCUGAAGAACAGCAAAACUGGCAGCCUCCCAGUCAGCGAGAUCUAUAGCUUUAUGAAGGAACACUUUCCUUAUUUCAAGACUGCACCUGAUGGAUGGAAGAACUCAGUCAGGCACAACCUGUCCUUAAACAAAUGCUUUGAGAAAGUGGAGAACAAGACGAGCAGCUCAUCCCGUAAGGGCUGUCUGUGGGCGCUGAACCCUGCCAAAAUUGACAAGAUGGAGGAAGAGAUGCAGAAGUGGAAACGCAAGGACCUCCCAGCCAUCCGCCGUAGCAUGGCCAACCCUGAUGAGUUGGACAAACUGAUCACAGACCGCCCGGAGAACUGCAGACGUAAGGCUUUAGAGCCCGGCAUGACCCGUCUGCCCGGCUGUCCGACCGGCCUCCCACUGCCCGUCUCAGCACAGAUGCAGCCUCAGCCAAUCGUCACGCUGUCCCUGCCCUGUUUACCCAUGCACCAGCACCACCAGCUUCAGGCCCAGCUCCACGCUCAGGCCCGCCUGGCCCCCAUGUCCCCUGCCCCGGCCCAGACACCUCCACUCCACACGGUCCCUGACCUUUCCCACAGUCCACUCACCCAACAUUCGAGCAAGCCGCCGGACGAUUUCUACAGUGUGCAUGGUGAUACACACACAGAGGUGGACGCACUGGACCCCAGCAUCAUGGACUUUGCCCUUCAAGGUAAUCUUUGGGAGGAAAUGAAAGACGACAGCUUUAACCUGGAUGCUUUGGGAACCUUCAGUAAUUCACCCCUCCGACUAUCAGACUGUGACUUGGGAACAGCCAGCCUGACUCCUGUCUCCACUGGAGCAAACCUGCCGCUGUCAGAUGUGCAAGUGACAGGCCUCUACACCUCCUACACUUCCCAGGAUCCCCUGUCCUCCCAGUACAUGAGUGCACCGGCCAACAGCAAACCCAUUGCACUGUUAUAA